AGUCAAGACUAUUUAACCAACAUCAGGAUGAGACAGAGCUUCAGAUCGACCAAUACUCUACUUAAAAUGAAUGUCUUUUGACAAGGUUUUAUUAAAUAAUUAAUAUGAAGCUGCCUUAAAAUCUUAAGGGAUGACAUCAUGAAAUAAAACCACUGGCUUUUAAUGGAUUUCUGAAGAAGAAGAAGAAAAAAAACUGUACAGUACAUGCCCAUUUUAAUUGACAUAUUGGGCUUUUCAGAGAUUCCAAAUGUUUUGGGGUUUGGCCAUGAUAUCUUUCUCUUCAUGGCUUUUAAAUGUCUGACAUCACAAAUCAGCAGUUUUAUGGGAACAGAAAAGCAGAGAGGAGACGUUCACGUCUACAUAAAGAGCGGUAGGCGGCGCGUCAGAGAAAGGCUGCCCAGUUUUAACGACCACGGGCUCUACACCGUGGAAAUAACACUAACAGUACAGUACUCUGUUGGGUGGGGCAGUUCAGUGCGGAAAUGUCCAAGUUAUUCCGGGCUGUUAUCAUGGGUCCGCCGGGCUCGGGGAAGGGGACCAUAUCCGAGAGGAUCGCGCACAGUUUCGGCCUUAAACAUUUGUCCAGCGGAGACUUUGUUCGAGAAAACAUCGCUGCGAAAACUGAGGCUGGUGUUCUAGCUAAGACGUAUAUAAAAAAAGGUUUGCUUGUGCCAGACCAUGUCAUGACACGUCUUCUGCUGCCUAGAUUGGAGGAGAUGACCAAAUACAGCUGGUUGAUGGAUGGUUUCCCUCGAACACUAGCUCAGGCUGAAGCCCUGAACAGUGCCUGUGAUCUGGAUGUAGCUAUCAACCUCAACAUCCCUCUGGAAACACUGAAGGAAAGGCUGCGACAUCGAUGGAUACAUCCACUCAGCGGCAGAGUGUACAAUAUGUGCUUUAAUCCUCCCCGUGUCCAGGGGAUAGAUGACAUCACAGGAGAGCCAUUGAUUCAACAGGAGGAUGACAGACCAGAAGCCCUGGUUGCCAGACUGAGACACUACAAAGAUGUUGCCAAACCUGUCAUAGACUUUUAUAAGGCUAAAGGCAUCCUGUACACAUUCUCGGACACAGAGACAGAUCUGAUCUGGCCGAAUAUCAGCACACUUCUCAGCACAAAGAUCCCCGCCAUUCAAUCAGAUGCUCGGUGUGCUUCAACUCACUGAGGAAAUCCACUGAAAGUCUCAUAUCAAAAACAACGGUGUGGCUUCAUCUCAGAGGAAUUACUAAUUGACCACAUUUGGUUUCCAAAGAUUCCAUGCUAGUCAUUUUUAUUAUCGCACAACUUGUCCAUUUUUAGUUUAGUAUUAUUCUUCAUAGUUCUAGCUUUGAUUAUUUCAGUUUAUGAAAAGAUUUCAUACAUUUGAACGACUUGUUCUCCGCUUUUAGCAUUUGCUGGAGUCUGGGAA